AGUGGAGUUGGGAGCGGGCGCAAAAGUUUCCUCCCAACUCCGGCCUCGCGCGCCGCCGCCGCCGCCCACUCCAGCCCGGGGCCUGGGGCCGGCCCUGCCACCGUUGCCAGGGCCAGGGCCAAGGCCAGCUCAGGGCCAGGCCGGGCCGAGCCUACGGUUUCACUUUGGCGGUCGAGCAGCAGCCGCCUGGGCCGGGCCCGAGCAGCAGCUGGAGGAGCGGGCCACGAACCGUCGUCACGGCCACCGGCCACCUGAGAGGUAGCCCUUCCCGCAGCCGCCCCCUCCUCGAUUCCCACCCGCCAGCGGCCUCCUACGUAGGUGGAAGGGGAGCUGCCGCGAGCCCCUGUCCCCGAGGGGUCUCCGGGGAGAGGUGCCGGGCUCCCGGGCCGCCAGCGCCCGGCGAUCCCCCGAGUGGGGGCUGCAUCCGCGGGGCCAGACACCUGUCGGUCGGACCCGGCGCGGUAGACCGGAGCCAGGAUGAAAGUAACUGUGUGCUUCGGCCGGACGGGCAUCGUGGUGCCCUGCAAAGAGGGCCAGCUGCGCGUCGGGGAGCUCACCCAGCAGGCGCUGCAGCGGUACCUGAAGACCCGGGAAAAGAUUCUGAAUGCUUCCAUAUUGGGCAAACGGGAUCCUGGUUACUGGGUGAAGAUUCAUCACUUAGAAUACACAGAUGGAGGCAUCCUGGAUCCAGAUGAUGUCUUGGCAGAUGUUGUUGAAGACAAAGAUAAGCUGAUUGCUGUGUUUGAUGAACAAGAACCUCUCCACAAGUUUGAGAGCCCCAGCGGAAACCCUGCAGAUCGGCAGAGCCCAGAUGCUAUUGAGAAAGAAGUGGCUGCCCAACUGGCCAAAUUUAAACCAAUUGGUGGGGAAAUCGAAGUAACCCCUUCUGCUCUGAAAUUAGGCACUCCAYUGCUGGUGAGGAGAAGCAGUGACCCAGCUCCAGGGCCACCUGCUGAUGCCCAGCCAAGCUCUUCACACCCCAGUGGCCAGAGUCUGAAACCUGUUGUUUUAGAUUCCACGCAGAACUUAGAAGACAGAGAAGUUAUGAAUGGUGUGCAGACAGAACUACUAACAUCGCCAAAAAUUAAGGGUGCACUGAGUGAUAUGACAAGAACGGUGGAGAUUUCUGGGGAAGGAGGCCCCUUGGGAAUACAUGUGGUGCCCUUCUUUUCAUCUCUGAGUGGAAGGAUCCUAGGACUCUUCAUCCGAGGCAUUGAAGAAAACAGCAGGUGCAAACGGGAGGGACUCUUUCACGAAAAUGAAUGCAUUGUAAAAAUCAACAAUGUGGAUCUGGUAGACAAAACUUUUGCUCAGGCACAAGAUGUCUUCCGCCAGGCAAUGAAAUCCCCAGAUGUGCUCCUUCACGUGCUUCCACCUCAAAACCGUGAGCAGUAUGAAAAAUCAGUCAUUGGACCUCUUAACAUUUUUAGUAGCAAUGAUGGAGUUUUGAGAACAAAAGCACCUCCUCCUGUCCAUGGGAAAUCUGGAGUAAAGACAGUAAAUCUCACAGGAACAAAUAGUCCUGAAGCAGAUGCAUCACCUUCUCUGCAACAAAACAAGAGUCCCCGAGUACCAAGACUAGGAAGAAAAUCUUCAUCUCCCUCACUCUCCCCUCUCAUGGGGUUUGGCAGCAAGAAAAAUGCAAAGAAAAUUAAGAUUGACCUAAAGAAAGGCCCUGAAGGACUUGGUUUCACUGUGGUUACCAGAGAUUCUUCCAUUCAUGGUCCUGGUCCCAUCUUUGUAAAAAACAUUUUGCCAAAGGGAGCAGCAAUAAAAGAUGGCCGGCUACAGUCAGGAGACAGAAUUUUGGAGGUAAAUGGCAGAGAUGUCACUGGACGAACUCAGGAAGAGCUUGUGGCUAUGCUAAGGAGCACCAAGCAGGGAGAGACAGCCUCUCUGGUCAUCGCUCGCCAAGAAGGAAAUUUUCUGCCCCGAGAACUGAAAGGAGAACCCGACUGCUAUGCCCUCUCCCUCGAGACGAGCGAGCAACUCACCUUUGAGAUCCCCCUGAAUGACUCGGGCUCUGCUGGCCUGGGGGUGAGCUUGAAAGGAAACAAAUCCCGAGAGACUGGAACAGACCUGGGGAUUUUUAUCAAAUCCAUUAUCCACGGAGGCGCUGCUUUUAAGGAUGGUCGCCUACGCAUGAAUGACCAACUGAUUGCAGUCAAUGGGGAGUCUCUUCUGGGAAAGUCCAACCAUGAAGCUAUGGAAACACUUAGACGAUCCAUGUCCAUGGAGGGAAACAUACGAGGGAUGAUCCAGUUGGUGAUUCUUAGGAGGCCAGAGAGACCAAUGGAGGAGCCUGCAGAGUGUGGGGCAUUUUCCAAGCCAUGCUUUGAGAACUGUCAAAACACUCUAAGCACCUCCAGGCGAAAUGAUAGUAUAUUGCAUCAGUUUGGCACUUACAGUCCACAAGAUAAACAGAAAGACCUAUUGCUUUCCAAUGACGGAUGGGCGGAGAGUGAAAUACCACCUUCCCCACCACCACAUUCUGGUCUGGAAUUGGACCUUGAAGAUUACAGCCACAGCUCUGGGGUAGAUUCAACAGUAUAUUUUCCAGAUCAGCACAUCAACUUCAGAUCUGUGACACCGGCCAGGCAGCCUGAAUCAAUUAACCUGAAAGCUUCGAAGAGCAUGGACCUUGUGCCAGAUGAAAGCAAAGUUCAUUCAUUGGCUGGACACCGAUCCGAAUCUCCAAGCAAAGAUUUUGGUCCAACUCUGGGUUUGAAAAAGUCCAGUUCCUUGGAGAGCCUGCAGACAGCUGUGGCUGAAGUCAGGAAAAAUGAACUCCCCUUUCACAGGCCCCGGCCACACAUGGUUCGCGGCCGUGGCUGCAACGAGAGCUUCCGAGCUGCCAUCGACAAAUCUUAUGAUGGACCCGAAGAAUUGGAAGCUGACGGUCUGUCCGAUAAGAGCUCUCACUCUGGCCAAGGAGCUCUGAAUUGUGAAUCUGCCCCUCAGGGGAACUCUGAGCUAGAGGACGUGGAAAAUAAAGCCAGGAAGGUAAAAAAAACGAAAGAAAAGGAGAAGAAAAAGGAAAAGGGCAAAUUGAAAGUCAAGGAGAAAAAGCGGAAAGAGGAAAAUGAAGACCCAGAAAGGAAAAUAAAGAGGAAGGGAUUUGGUGCCAUGCUGAGAUUUGGAAAGAAGAAAGAAGACAAGGGCGGAAAGGCUGACCAGAAAGGYACUCUGAAGCCCGGGAACCUGAGAGAAGAAGAGCUGGAGAGAAUGAAAGAAGAGAGGGAACGGAUUGGAGCAAAACAUCAGGAGCUGAGGGAAAAGCAGGCCAGAGAUCUUGUUGAUUAUGCUACUAGUGCAGCUGGGUCUGCGCACGAUAUGGAAGAUGAUGAAAUGGACCCGAAUUACGCCAGAGUGAACCACUUUCGGGAACCAUGUGCAUCGGCAAAUGUCUUCAGGUCUCCAUCUCCUCCUCGGCCUGGACCCCUGGGUUACCCUCGGGAUGGCCGACCACUGUCUCCAGAGAGAGACCACUUAGAGGGUCUCUAUGCCAAGGUCAACAAGCCAUAUCAUCCACCAGCUCCAGUUGACAGUGGCCGUCCCAUGGGUGGGAGCACUGACCGAAUCCAGAAGCUGCGGAAGGAGUAUUAUCAGGCUCGGAGGGAAGGCUUCCCACUAUAUGAAGACGAAGAAGGAAGAGCGAGGCCAUCUGAUUAUGACCUUCACUGGGUGUCUGGAAAAGGUCCAGAUGGGAAUGCACACAACCUCCGCUUUGAGGGGCUGGAGAGACAGUAUGCAUCUUUACCCAGGGGAGGUCCAGCAGACCCUGCCGAUUAUCUGACAGCAGCACCCCGAGGGCUCUACAAAGAAAGGGAUCUUCCCUACUACCCAGGGCUUCAUCCYGGGCAUCCUCCCAAGGGGAGCUAUUCACGCCCCACCGAUCUGAGGGUGGCAGAUCUCCGCUACCCUCACUAUUACGCACCCCCGCCUGCCCCCCAGCACAAAGGACCCUUCCGGCAAGAUGUUCCACCAUCCCCUCCUCAGCACCCAAGAGUGCCAGCCUACCAAGAAAUGGGCAGAGCGGGCCCGAGAGGUGGAAGCCCCGACCAGUACCCCUACCGAACCCAGGAUCCCAGGCAGAAGAACCCCAUGACGGCAGCCGUAUAGCUGAGUGCCACUGAGAUGAGCAGCCCAGCAGGGGGGACAUCUAGCCCAGCCUCUGCCCUUCCUAGACACUGAGGCCUUCUUCCUGUUUGACUCCUCCAUGGCACAGAUUAGCAUUUUCUCAUCGAGUUUGAAACACUUGACUGCUAAUCAGAAGGGAAAAGAAAGCACAGGGGGUUCUGGGGUGAGGGUGGAUUCAGAAGGAAGAGGAAGGAUGGGGUCAUAAAAGCGAUACUUCCUAAUACUUGAAAGGCUUUCAGAAUUGGUCAGUUCAGAGAUAGGAGCAACURAAUAAGUAACUCAUGAUGAGAUUGACUCCAUGGUGGCCCUCUGGCUAGACAGCCCAGCCAACGUGCACCCCCAUCCCCGUAGAACUGGCAAUACAGAGGUCGUCUCUGCCAGCAGCACUACCCAUUCAGAGGCUGGGCCUCCGACCCCUUUAUUGGAMCCCUGCUGCCUGAAGAGGGGCAGAGUUGAGGCUGCAGAGGUGGGGAUUAGUUUACUAAGUAGUUUUUUUCAUCAAGAAAGAAGCAUCAGCACACAUGCCCAGUGACCUUCUUGAAAUUUUUUUUCUACCCAGAGGAAGACUACAUUUCUUAAUAACCUUUCUCAGGUUCCUGAUCUCACUCCCUUAAUGUAAACAUCUCACAUGCUUCCUUGCUGUUGAUAUCAAAGUCGGUAAAUGUGAAUACAGUAUUAGUGUCCUGGGAARAUGUGCAAGGCUAGUCGGAGCUCCUGGAAGGAAUAUAUUCCAAGGACCAGUGGUCAGGUGAUGAGCACUGACACUCCCAGGGUCCUCACCUUCCUGCCUCCCACAUCCCAGGCACCAAAGCUCGGAGAUAGCUGGUUUCAGAAUCAUCCCCAAAUCUCCUGGCUUUAAUUUUUUUUUUUUUUAAACUGGAGCCUCUACUUUAAAGCUCUCACUUGAGGGUGAAAGCCCGCUGGUUGGGUUGCAUGGGAAACAAUGCCCUAGGGAUGCCAAUUCUAGACUCAGUGCCAAACAGUACCCAUCUGCUCUCAAGGACAGGGAGGAGCUGACUGUAGCCUUUGGAAAUGGGCCACCAGCAGGUAGUAGAUGGACAUGAAUGAUUGUGUGUGUUUGUGUGUGUG